AUUCGAUUACCGCCAGGAAUAUAGAAGAACUUGUGGUAAGCGACAUGGCUGGUUCAUCAAUCCCCUGCGCGUCCGACACGGCCAUGCUGAGUGCUGGACAAUUUCUUUUUCUCCUGCGUUGAUCUUCUCCCAUCUUUUCUAGCCAUCAUCUGGAGCAUCUAUACGACAACAUAUCAAUAUGAUAAAACGAGCGCCCAUCGGUGCGCGUCUCGCUCUCACGCUCUUAUGCCUCGCAAGCCCCGCCUUCGCAGCCCGCGACAAUACUCGUCCCAGCUAUCGUACCUGCCACGAGGUAUCACCUGAGUGCCCAGUUGCGGCGACGACAUAUGGCUACUAUCCUGAGCUCGCUCCUAAUGCCUUCUUCCUGGCGCUGUUCGCGACCCUCUUCGUUGCCUCCUUGGCCAUCGGUGUAUGGAGCAAAACCUGGACAUACACACUCGCCCUAGGAGGUGGCACGCUCCUCGAAGCCCUGGGUUACCUCGGCCGCGUUAUGCAACAUAGCAAUCCAUGGAAGAAGGCGGCGUUCGAGAUGCAGAUCUGCUGCCUGGUGCUUGCGCCCUCGUUCGUGGCGGCUGCCAUUUACUUGACCCUAAAGCAUUUUGUGUUAUACUGCGGCCCGAAGCACAGCCUCCUCAAGGCUAGGCUAUAUCCCUGGGUAUUUGUCGGCUGCGAUUUCGCCUCUAUCGUCCUCCAGGCCAUUGGUGGAGGUGUAGCAGCUGGUGGUGGGUCCUCAGACAGCCUCACCAUUGUCAACGUGGGAAACAACCUUAUCGUCACGGGCAUUGCGUUCCAGGUCGCUACCAUGACCGCUUGCGGGCUCCUCGUUGUCGUCUACCUAUGGAGAUACAGGCAAGCGCGCGCAGAGCGCCAUGCAUCAAACGAGAAGAGCGACUUCGAAUUGAGCAGGGCAAAUGGCCCUGUGAGCAGGAAGUUGUACAUCUUUGGAGCCAUGUUGGUAUUGGCCUAUGUGACGGUUUUGAUCCGUUGCAUCUACCGUAUCCCCGAGAUGGCGGGCGGCUGGGGAAACCCGCUAAUGAGGAAAGAGAAGGAGUUUCUCCUGCUGGACGGCAUGAUGGUCGCUAUCGCAUGCUUGGCCCUGACCAUCUUCCAUCCGGCCUUCUUCUUUGCCCCCUUUACCGCUUUCCGCCAUGGUCAGCACAAGUCGUCCCAGCACGACGCGACGCCUCAGAUGUCUGAGUAGACUUGUGAAUGAGCAGAACUAGAUCAUUUCGCUUUCAUUGUUAACAUAUGUAUUCUUACGC